UCUUUCCGUCGGACUCCCGUACCAAGGUAGGCCAGAGCUUUACGACUGCACUGCAUUUUCGCAGUGCAUGGGAAUUCCAUCGCGUUGUUAUCGCGGUUUUCGUGUCGUGCAACUUUUAGUUUGAUUUAAAUAAAAUUAAAAUUGCUUAUUGAAAUUGUGGUUACCAUUACAGAUUUUAAGAUCGAUUUAUAAUUUAUAGACACAUGGUGACAGUGUAGUUUAUUACAUAAAAUAGAAGUUGAGUGUGGAAUUCGUAAAGUGUUUUAUUCUUCGGUGCCAUUGAACAUUAGUGCGGCAUUAGUCAGUGUUGGUUCCAGUGCAAGUGCUUCAACAAUAAUUGGAUUACGUUCUCGUUGCAUUCGCUUGUUUACGAACCUUCCGUGAAAGCCGAGGUGAAAAUAUGUCAAAGGAGCAAGUUAAAUUAGAUGCCACAAAACAAGCUACCAGUCCAGAUGACUGCGAUGAUCUCAGUCCAAUGCCACAGACAACUGUUCCGCCCGUACGUCGACGUGGUGGCAUCUCAGCGGAACCAGUCACAGAAGAAGAUGCAACGAGUUACGUGAAAAAAGUCGUUCCAAAAGAUUACAAGACGAUGGCUGCCCUGUCGAAAGCGAUUGCCAAAAAUGUUCUUUUCUCACAUUUGGAUGAGAACGAAAGGUCUGAUAUUUUUGAUGCUAUGUUCCCGGUGAAUUGCUUGGCUGGCGAAUACAUCAUACAGCAGGGUGACGAAGGUGAUAACUUCUACGUCAUCGACCAAGGCGAAGUGGAGGUCUUCGUGAAUAAUGAGUUGGUAACAACAAUUGGCGAAGGCGGUAGCUUCGGCGAAUUAGCUUUAAUCUACGGAACACCUCGAGCAGCCACAGUCCGUGCCAAAACUGAUGUAAAAUUAUGGGGUAUUGAUCGCGAUUCAUAUCGUCGAAUUUUGAUGGGCUCGACAAUCCGCAAAAGGAAAAUGUACGAAGAAUUUUUGUCACGAGUUUCCAUUUUGGAGAGUUUGGACAAAUGGGAGCGUCUUACCGUGGCCGAUGCGUUGGAACCAGUUGGCUUUGAAGAUGGUGAAACAAUCGUUAAGCAAGGUGAACCGGGUGAUGACUUCUAUAUAAUUGUGGAAGGAUGUGCGGUUGUUCUGCAAAAACGGGCUGAGCAAGGUGACGAACCUGUGGAAGUUGGACGGUUGGGUCCGAGUGACUACUUCGGUGAAAUCGCAUUGCUUCUGGAUCGACCACGAGCUGCUACGGUUGUGGCCCGGGGUCCACUGAAAUGUGUCAAACUUGACAGAGCGCGAUUCGAACGCGUUCUUGGUCCAUGUGCGGACAUCCUCAAGCGCAACAUUACACAGUACAACAGUUUUGUAUCAUUAUCUGUUUAAUUUCAUCAUCGUAAUCGUCGUCGUCAUCGUGAAUAAAAGGAAAUAUGUACGAUAUCUAUCUAUCUGUAACUACUGAAAUUUAACAAGUAAAAAUUUUUGUGUAAAAUCAACAAAAAUUUAAGAGACAACUACAAAAAACUAUUGUACUAAUGCUGUGUAAGUAAAACAUGAAAUAAAAACAAACUGGAGUGAACGCAAAUAGAGAGUAGAGCAAUUUGUAACAGUACGAUGAAUAAGAAGACAAAAUUGACCGAAAAAAUAGUGAUGGAUGUAAAAUUUGUAUAAAAAACAACACUAAAGGCUAAAAACAUCAAUUUCAUGUAAAAUGAAGGAGCGAAUUAAAGUUUUGAACGAUUGAUAAGGAACAUUUUUAAGUGCUGAUAUACAAUUCAUUACGAUAGUAAAUUUCUGAAUAACAAACAUCCAGAGAACAGCUAAAAGUUAAACACAACUAUCUCUUGUAGCAAAAAAGGGAAAAGAAGAUAUUUAUACAUGUAUAAAAAUUAGUCAUGAUAUGCUCCCUUUUGGGACCUAUACAUAUUUAUCCUGAUUUUUACUAUUUGCAUUGAAUUUGGUUCGAUUAUUUUCAAUAUCUCGCAGAGCAUAAACGACUAGGUUGAGAUGCCCAAUAUUCAAAAUUAAUAGAAAGUUAAAGUGAAAUAGUGACAAACUUAGCGCAAAACUGGAUUUCUGCUGCUUGGCUUCAAAAGCUAUUCACUAGCGUAAAGUUAGGUUAUUUUUAAUUUAAUAUUUAUUUAAAUAAUAAUAAAAAGGAAACAUUUAUGAGAUACUAAACUUUUAUUUAGAGCAAAUGAGAAUAGGGAGAAAAUGCAAUGAAGAAACGUUAAGUGCCAAAAAAGUGUGGAAGAUAAUUGGAUGUGGGUUUAGCGGAUUGAUUUUUGAUAUUUCCUGUAUUAUCGCAUCUCUUAUCAAAAUAUCUAUUUCUAUUUAUAUUCGACAAUCAAGUUCCAAUAUUCAUUACAAAGGUAGAGCGUUCAAAACGAGUCAGCGACCAUUUUCCUUACUACGAUGAAUCUAGGCAAAAAGACAUAUCCCGCGCCAUGUUGUUUGUAAAAGAUUCAUGCCUUUUCCUAAUUGUUAUUUCGUGAUCAGUACGUCAAAUCCACAAUCAAUUAGAAGUAAUAAACGAAAACCUACAACCAUAUAUUAUCAAGCAAGGCAACGUGAAACAACUUUGAUUUUCAACUACAUUAGAGCGCACUGGUGCGCGGCAAAUAGGUAGACUUCCCAAGCUAACCCGCCGGCGGGUUUCUAUUUUAUGUAUUAUCGACAAUAUAUGCUUGAGAACACAUAGCGAAAGCGUUACAAUGAUCCAUAACUAGAUAGUUGCAUGCGUCAAUCGAAACUUAGCGAGCAAAUUACAUCUUCUGGUACUUAAUGUUGCCCACUACCAAGUGUUUCCCGAUCUAAUAAUAGACAUGCUUGUGUUUCAUUCUAAAUCAUAUUUCCAAGAGGACAGAAUUAUAUAACCCAAAUACAAUCAUAUUGAGCGUCAGCAUCGUUAUAACCAUUAUUGUUUACUACAAAGCUUCGCAUCUAGCAAAGUCAGAAACGCAACUUAUGAAUGAAAGCACACCUGACGCCGUGUUGCACUUAUGCCCAUUACAACCAUCCAAGCGAAUUAAGAAGUUUAUUCAAGCAUCAAUCGAAUUUAAUGCAAUACAAUUUACAUAAAUGAAAAUAAAUGCUUUCUAGAUGCGCAUAGCAAGUUUAUUGCUUACGAACUAUUUUUGUAUUGUCAUUCAAUUUUAUAUUAUCCGAGAACGAUAUAAAUUGCAAAGAAUUUAUUAACAACUUUUUUAAAACCAUCAUUUGUGUUUGAGACAUGCAUUUCUAUGUAUUCUUCACCAUUACUUGUAAUAGUCGUUAGUUAUGUUUUCAAUAUGUAUUUGUAUCUGUUUUCUUUUUCAAAUUAAAUUCAAUUGAAAUUAUUAUAAAUAAAACAAUAUUUAAAACAA